AUGCGACAGCCACGACCACUGCGAGCUGCUGGUGCAGCAUCCAACCUGCCCCCAUGCGCCUCCAUCCCUCAAUCUCCCAGAUGCGUCGUCGCGAACUCUUUAUUCCCCAUCGCUGCCUCCUCCAACUCCUUUCAUGGCUCUGGAAAAUCACUGAUCAGUUCAGGUCGCCCGUGGAGUUUUAGAUAUAUGCAAAAUCGGAUUAGAGCACCAUGCUCUCACCCAAAAUUUUGCUAA